CGGGUUUGACGGUGGUAAAACGAGCCGAAGACGGGCAGGACUUCAUGGGAUGGGAACAUAUGAGUGUGUCCCAGUGUUUCCAGCUCCUGACAGUUCACUGUGGCGGAGCAGACACGUAAAGGGACCCGCAGAGCUCAUGCGGAGCAGCAGGCAGACGAUCGGCGGGGACACGGAAGCGCUGUGGGGGUCUGGAGAAUGGGAGCGGUGAAGUGAAAAACGGCCGAAAAGCGGACAGCCUGGAUGAAAGGCACCAAAGUUACACGGAACUCAAUCUGAGGAGAAAAGUAGGGCAUAAUGGCACUCCUCCUGUGGCUCGGCCUAUUGCUACUGGCCUCCGUCCAGUCCAGUACGGUUAAGAACUGCUACCCGGGCUGCCAUUGUGAGGUGGAAAGCUUUGGCCUGUUCAACAGCUUCAGCCUGACCAGGGUGGACUGUCGAGGGCUGGGACCGGGCACCACCAUGCCCAUCCCCAUCCCAUUGGACACUGCCCACCUAGACCUGUCCUCCAACGCCAUGGGCCCGCUCGGUGACACCAUGUUGGCUGGUCCAGGCUACACCACCCUGAUUAGCUUGGACCUGAGCAGCAACUUCAUAACAACGGUAACACCCAAUGCUUUGUCCAAGCUGCGUUACCUGGAGACUCUAGAUCUGAGCCACAACAACCUGGACCACCUCUCCCCGAGCUGCUUCUCCGGCCUCCCUCUGGCUGAAGUUGACCUCAGUCACAACAGCUUCCGAGAGUUUGACUUGGACGUGUUCACUACCAAAAUUAAUGGUGAACCUGUCAGCGUGGAUCUGUCUCAUAACAAGCUCGUGUCAGUCUCCACAACUUUGCAUGGAAGAGUGCUACACAUUCAAAGCUUAAAUCUAUCAGCAAACUGGCUGUCAAGUGUACCGAGGCUGGCGGGACUCCCGCUGAGGUACCUCAAUCUGGAUGGUAACCCUAUCACACACAUCAAGGAGGGUGCAUUUGCGCAGCUGAAAGAUCUGGUUUAUUUAUCUGCUAGUGGCCUCCAUGAGCUCCAGGAGAUUGAGCCGUACAGCUUCAAGGGCCUCCAGAGCCUGCAGGUUCUGGAUCUCUCAAACAAUGCCAAGCUCAAGACUCUGAGCCCUGCAGUUUUCAGCGGACUAGACUCCCUGCAAGAGCUGAAUUUGUCUGGCUCCGGUGUGGUGUCUUUGCCAAAUAACAUGCUGACCCACCUGCCCAGUAUUAAGAGUAUUACACUGGGACGAAACAUCCACUGCUGGAGGACCCAGAAACAGGGGCAGUUUCACCGGCAGCUGGGUCAAGUCCAACACAACGAGGUGCUGAACUGUAAUGUGGAGGGCAUUGUGUUGUGAAACAGUGCCUGUGGAAAUGGACCAUUUCUUAUGGGCUCAAUCAGAAGUGCUUGUUGGAUGUGCCAAUAGCUUCCGAAACUGCUUCAGCCCUAAACCUUUCAAGUGUCUGUUAACACUUGAUUUCCAACAUGGGCGGACAACAUGUCCCACAAACAAGUUCUGACAGAGUAUACCCGGCCCUUACAAAUCCUGAUGCCAGAGCUGUGCCUUAACUGCUUUGAUAUGCAAAACACCUUUGUGUUACUUUGACUUAGUAACCUUAUUUCCAAGGUGAACUUUUGGAAUAUGUCUUAAGGGUUUAAAGUAACCCUGAUGAAAUCUUGAUAUAAGUAUCAUAAACGCUGUUUCUCAAAAAAAAUGGCCAAAUGUGCAGCAUUCCUCAUAGAUGAGUUUUUUUUCCAUAUCUUAACUUGCAGCCUAAAAGCUGUAGAGAACAUUCAUAAAUCUAAAACUUUUAGUAAUAUUUUGUCAAUUUUACUUCAUUUAAAGUAGGCUCAUAUUUAGAGUUAUUUGCACUUAUUCCAGUUGUGGUAUUUUCCUUUAAUAAUGCACUCAAACAUGGCCUAAAUGUCAUCCAGUGUAAUACAAAACUUUCUAUGCAUUGCUCAUACUACCCACACUGAAGAAUAUUUUACUGUUUACCACUAAGAUUUUUUAUUUGACUUUGAAUGUGAUGCUUUGUUGGAACGAUUAAAGGGAGGAUUUAGUUUUUUAGAGUUAAAUGAGAAGAUUCAUACCACUCUGUUCAAGCUUUAGGUAGAAGAUGAUGAGCUCAGACCAGCACAAAGACUGGAAAUGGUGAAACAGCUAGUCUGACUCUGUCCAAAGAAAAUCUAAAGCUCACAAAUUAACACAUUGUAUUUUUUACAGAUUCUGUACAAAUAAAACAAACUUUAACUUGUCAACCCUAGGAAAUAUUAUCAAUUUUUUUGAAAAUGAAAAGCUAUUUCAGAGAAAAGCAGAUAGGGUCUACAAAAUUUUAAAGAUAUGUCCAUCCUCCCAGUUAAUGAGUAUCAUUUUUGCAUGUGCCCGAGGCACAACGUUUAGCCUGUAAUUCACAAAACCAGCCUGAAAAUGAAGUUAAUUUUAAACGACUGUGAGUCUGUGGAGGACAGCCAGCACGACUGUCGGACCCUUGUAGGACCUGGUUGAUGCCACACUAUGAUUGGCCCGUCUGUUUUAUAGGGGCGGGACUAAGUAAAGGUUCAAUUUGGGGGAUUUUGUGACCUUCAGACAGAACCAUGCUGGCUGUCUCCCUCAGUUUUCAGUCUUAAUGAUUAACUUGGCCAAACAGCUGCUGGCUUUAACUUUGUAUUUAACCAUACAGACACAAGAGUGGUAUUAAUCAUUUUAUCUAACUCUUUACAAGAAAGCUAAUGUGCGCAUUUCCCAAAAAUAUCGAACCGUACAAUGGAAGUACCAGAUUUGUUUUUAUUUAGCAUGGUCUGUGGUGGAAACAUACAGUAACACCUGUAACUGUGAGGAUCUUUUCUUGUUUCAUCCACAAAAUGACCAUUUCAUUACUUGAAUUUUUUCCUGUGUCCACCAGCCCCAAUCUGACAUCCAUUAUGUUUGGACCGUCAUAAUGACACUUUUGGUGUACACUUUGCAAAUUAGGUCAGCAGCCUUUGACACGGCGUUCUAUGUUUUGACUGUUUGACAUUACACAAUGGGAGUACAAAAACUGUGACCACGUUGACCGGGAGUUCGUUGUGAAUCAAGAUGCUUGUUUGGAACAGAUUUGACCAGUGAAGUAUGAAAGCUUUCACAUAAUUGGUAAUGAAGUGAUGCCGCUUUCUGUUGAUGUUUAAACACAGAGCUGCACUGUGCUGUCAUGUGUAAUGUCAUCUCGCCAUUCCUGUGGUGUUUCUGUGGGCCUAAGAGGACGAUCAGCCUCAAGACUGCAUACGAGGGUUUUUGAAUGUCAGCAAUCUGUGAAGAGUGUUUUGAUUUUAAAAUUUAAAAAAAAUUGUUAAGUGUUAAAAAUUCAUCUUUUCAGUUGGUUAAUUGAAAGUCAGAUGAGCUUGUAAAAGUUUAUAUUUGUAUGUAUGUAACUAUAUUGUACAUAAUUUGAUAUAAUCAUAUGUGUAAUAAAUUGACUGCUAACUCUUUGAA